GAUGCCAAGUUUUGUUUGGUCAUUCGUGGGGGCCGCCUUGGUCAGAGUGUACUAUAUGAUGCCAUGCGUGCAGGAUGUGUACCUGUGAUUGUAGCUGAUGGAUAUGUUUUGCCAUUUUCUGAGGUAAUAGACUGGCGCAAGGCAGCUGUUCAAGUGUAUGAAGAGGACCUGCCGACUGUGAUUGAAAUACUCAAGAGAGACGUGUCUCAGGAACGACUCGGCCAUAUGCAGAAACAGGUAUUGUGGUUAUAUGAAAAGUAUUUUUCAACAAUAAGAGACAUCACCCUUACCACUCUGAAGAUACUCAAUGAUCGAGUGUUCCCAGCCCACCAGCAAUCUCUGCAGCAGUGGAAUACUCGGCCUGUACCCUCAGCAGUUGAAAAUCCUCUUUUCCUUCCUCUCACAGCCCCGGCAAAUGAAGGCUUUACUGCAGUUAUCCUUACCUAUGACCGCUUGGAAUCACUCUUUCAGGUAAUCCAGACAAUGGUACAGGUCCCAUCACUAUCCAAGGUGCUUGUUGUGUGGAAUAAUCAGAAGAAAGCUCCACCACAAGCGUCCAUGUGGCCCAAAAUCAGCGUUCCUCUUAAAGUUGUGCAAACACGAGAAAACAAACUCAGUAACCGCUUCUACCCAUAUGAAGAGAUUGAGACAGAGUGCAUUCUUGCUAUAGAUGAUGACAUCAACAUGAUGACAGCUGAUGAGCUGGAGUUUGGAUACCAGGUUUGGCGAGAGUUUCCAGACCGUAUUGUUGGAUUUCCUCCUCGCAAUGUUCUGUGGAACAACGAUACUCACAGCUGGAAGUAUGACUCGGAGUGGACAAAUGAGGUUUCCAUGGUGCUAACAGGUGUAGCAUUCUACCAUAAGUACUGGUCAUAUGUGUACACCACUCAGCUCCCAGGUAACAUCAAGGAUUGGGUGGAUACCAAUAUGAACUGUGAAGAUAUUGCCAUGAAUUUCCUAGUGGCAAAUUUGACAGGAAAGGCCCCCAUUAAGGUUACACCAAGAAAGAAGUUUAAGUGUGGUGAGUGUACCAGUGGAGACCUGUCUGCAAAUGAGGCUCACAUGGUGGAGCGUUCUCAGUGUGUCAGUCAUUUCACACAAGUGUUUGGCACUAUGCCCCUCAAGACUGUCGAGUUCAGAGCCGAUCCUGUCCUCUUCAUGGACAACUUCCCUGAAAAGCUGAAGCUGUAUGACAACAUGGGAAGUUUGUAAAUUAUCAGUUUUGUAAGGUAUCACUGAAGGUAAAGGAUUCACUGGAUCUCAUUUGUCGUUUUUAUUUAAUGUACAGUUAUGAAUGUAUACAAAAAAGCAUAUAUGAAAACAGCAUUAUUUAAAACUGUCUCAAGCAAAUUGUAAUGAAUUUACCACAAUGGAAUUGCCUCAUGAAUGGCACAAAAAUUGAACCAGCAUAUUGAGUGAACUGGUUAUUGUCUCUAACUCAGGCCCUCAAUUACUCGUAGAAUUAUUUUUAUUGUUAUGAGAGAGACUUUGGCUCACCAAAAGAAAUAAUUGUUGACUUGUGGUAUCUUUCUUAUUCCAUUCAUCAUUGGAUAUUCAACACUGCCAUUCACCAUUUAACAAUGCAGAUCCAUAGCUUUUGGAUCGGCAUUUUUAAUGAAGUACAAAUGCAGAAACUUUGCCUGAUGCUGCAUUUGUACUUUAUUGUUCUGUAGCAUGCUAAAUCCAAUAAAUGUCUCGACCAUUUGUGUGUGUUGUGCACACAAGGUGCAGAGAGUAGGGAGGAUAGCGUAGGUUAAUAUUAGUUUAUAAUAUUUAAAACAAGAAACUGUGUUACAGUCCAUGAUAAAGAAUAUGUUAGUGCUUUGAUGAGAGUACUGGUAAUGAUGAAUGAUAAACAAAUUAUGCUACUAUACAUCAUCGUGUACUCCUUGGAAUCUAGAAAGAAGUGAGAUCAAAGUACCAGAAAUAAUAAUGUAUAAUGUAUCUGCAUUCAUCUGAUGUCCACCUUGUGGUCUCAACAUGGAUAGAAAGCCAUUGGCAUAUUUAAGGUCCCCAAUUAUUCCUGAGGAAUUUUUCCAGGGCCAAUGGUGGAACCUCCUCACAAACCACUAGCUUCCUGUUCCUGUGAAAGCCACUUGAGGUGGUGGACUUGGCAACAGAAAUGCAGAAUCUCCAAGAUGUUGCAGCCAUGCAAGUAUUUGAAUGCCAACUAUAAAGAAUGGAUGCACAACUCUCAAGUUCCCAAGAGGAAGACCAAAGGAAGUACAGUUAGAGGAUCAAAUCGGGAAGAUAAUGACUCGACAUACAAUGUGUGGUGUGAAGGGUACUCUUGAGGCGAUUAGCUUUUCUUCUGAAUUCAUCAAUCUUCUAGUUAUAGGGAAGCUUUCUUUGAUUCAAGAGUGGUACUCAUGGUAAGGAUGAAUGAAAUUUCUGCAGAUCAUGAGACAAGUAACUUUAACUGAAAUCUGGUUCACACCUGCCAAACUGACAUGGAACUCGGUUAAGGAGAACCUUGUUGUGAGUUUGGGGGUUGCCAAUCAGUGGUGGUAGCCUGGAUGUUUUAAAGGGUCCCUGAUGCUCCAAUGCCAUAGUGAUGAUCUGCCUGACCAUUCAUAACCCAUAUUUAUGGAUUUGGUGUAUCUUAUCUUAGUGGACAACAAAGUGGUAUAACUUGGAUUUUUUUCUUCUCCAAGUACAGUGAGCACCAAACAGAACCAUACCUCUUGUGUAAGUAUGUGUGUUAAUGAGUGACUAAACAAGAGAAUGCUUUUAAGCAUGAUGCAAGAAAUGCUGUUAGAAUGCCAACAUAAAGGAACACAGUUAAAUUGUAAGGCAUUAUUGUAUGCAAAUUAUUCUGGAACAUGUUUAAUUAGAUGAAAAUGCUGUUCCAACUCAUUAAGAAUGAAAAGAGUGAGAUUUAAAGUAAGAAAAAGCAGAACAAUAGCCACUCUAGAUAAACUCAGUGAUUAUGAAAAUAUUAGCAGACAGCACUGAAGUUUGGAAAGGCAAGUCACAUCAAACUAAUAUGAGGGGAGAUACAAAUACCACUAUUUGAAUAAAAAGGAGUAAAUAAGUUAUACUGUACUGGAAAAUAAGCAAAGGCUCAAUGAAGCUCUUGAGUUUCUGCAAGAAGACUAAAUGCACAAUGAUGUUCAUGGCAAGUAGUGUUCCACAGAGAAGUUGAAAGAGAAGAUUGUGUAUGUUGGAAAAGUCUGUUGUGGAAGUAAAAAUGUUGGUGAGAAAAUCGGUAGGAGCCACGAGGAAGAUUUGAACCUGCACACUGUAUACUCCCAAGCACACACUUUAAACCACUGGACUACAAUAUGCAACAAAGGUAAAGUAACCUGGAAUUCAACGGAAUCCUCCAGGGUUCCCGAGGUAUCCAGCCAACAUCAAAUCAGAGUUUCACACACUACCCACAUACACACUGGUGUGGUAUAUGAGUUCUACCCUCAAUGCAGGUAGGAGGGGUAGCUCCUGUUCCCUACUCCUGCCUGCUGUGGCAGUGUACAAGCAACAUCUGUUCCCAUAUGUUAGCUGUGUAUGGAGUCCUGUUCAUGCCCUUGUGUUCCUUCACGUGGGAGUUAAGCCUACCCAUUAGUUGUGACCCCUGGAGAGAGAGGGGUGGCAACACACUGCUUUAGCGAGAGGAUGGGUAAAAUGGCCGGUGCUACAUACUCUCCCUGGCUUGGUGCCUUUUUUUGACAAAUAUAGUACAGUUCUGUCGGGUAAAACAGAAGGUUCAAUGUGGCUGACAUGAACCAAUCGGCUAGUCUGGUUAGCCCUGCCUAGACAUAGGGUCAAGUGGGCAUUAUAGGGAUUGUACCCCUAUUUGUCCCUCGGAUGCAGUUUGGUCCCGUAAUGGUGACCUACUUACAUGGUUCUGGUUACAGUUGUGCCUCCCAUGUGGGCUCCGUGGUGGGUGGGGUGCUGGACAGUGAUGUCUUUAUCUGUUACUUAUUGUGUUAAUUUCCGACCUUAUUUCUCCUUAGACUCAUGGGGCAGGUAACCAGGACCCCCAGAGUCAGACCAUGAUGCAAGGACGGGUUUCGUAGUCCCGGCUACAUUGAGCCCAGACCAGGCUUCAUCUCUAACUACCCCGACUAACUUUCUCCAUUAUCCUUCCACUUCUGUGGCUGAGUUGAGCUCCAAGCUCCACAGCAGUGACUACCGUGUUCCCUGGUGUGGCACCAUCUUCCAUUGUGAUAAUUGUGCUGUUUAUCUCCCUCCUUCAUGGGGGUUUCCAGUGCUGUCACCACACUCACAUGCAUUUGCUUUGUGAUACCUUCUGCAGCAUUCCAGUAUUUGUUUAGCCUUGCUACAUGGCCUAAGUAUUUUAAUCUGUCAUGAUGAACAUUCUCACACUGAUGAUGUGCACAUUCAUAAGCACUUAGUUGACUCUGUGGAUUUAAUGGUGGACCAGAAUCUUUUCACCCUCUACACUCCUCUUUCCAACAUAUCUGAUCUGUACAAGCAGAAAUCACACUAGCAUGAUAUAUCAAAUGAACAAAUCCACAAGAGCAGUUUUGGCCAUGUGGUGGUACAGUUGACUAUGGCGCGUCUGGGAACAUCCCGUGCAUAGGUUCGAUCCCUCAUCAUUGCCCUUGUGGAUUUGUUUAUCUGAUCUGCCUCUUUCUUGAGCUCCCCUUACAUUUUUUAUGACACUUUAUUGGAUGCUGCCCUCCUCUUUCUUCCUCACUAUGCCUCCUGCAGUGUGCUUUAACACUUUCGCUCAUUAAUGACCCAGUAUGGCAUAAAAAAUUUAAUAGACGAACAUUCAGUAGUGACGCAGUAUGGCGUCAAAAAUUAAAAAAUUUGGCCAGCUUUCAACUUGGCUUUGGGAAGGGCGUGCCGCAGUUUUGGACUUUAUAUGCAUAUACUCAUGUAAGAAAUUUUAUUGCGAACACAUUGAUACCAUAAUGAAAGACUUAGAACAAGAAUUGAGGUAACAAAGUUGAAAAGAGUAUACCGUACACAUUUCAUUGCACUUGAGCGCUCACAGCUAACAAGCUGUCACUUUCUCCAUUUACUGUGGGUGGUAUGCCGCAAUUUAUAUGCUUUAUAUGCAUAUACUCCUGUAGGGAAUUCGAUUGCCAACACAUUGAUACCAAAAUGAAA